ACAGUUCUCCGUCGCCAUUUUGCCGUCAAUGAGGAGGGGCGGGGCCACAUUACUGCAGUCGUUACGUACACUGUAAACAGGAAGUAGUCCGCAAGAUUUUCUGACCUGAGAGAGAGCCAUGGGGAAAAGCUGCAAGGUGGUUGUGUGUGGCCAAGGUGCAGUAGGUAAAACGGCGGUUUUGGAGCAACUACUGUAUGCCAACCAUGUUGCAGGUUCAGAACCCAUGGAGACACUGGAGGAUAUCUACAUCGGCUCCGUAGAGACUGAUCGUGGUACACGAGAGCAGGUGCGCUUCUAUGACACCCGCGGCCUCCGGGAUGGGAUGGAGUUCCCUCGACAUUACUACACUUUUGCAGAUGGCUUUGUACUUGUUUACAGCAUCGACAGUAAAGAGUCCUUUAAGCGAAUGGAGGCACUCAAGAAGGACAUAGACCGUCACAGAGACAAGAAAGAGGUGACCAUUAUUGUGCUUGGUAACAAGCUUGACAAGCAGGAUGAAAGGAGAGUCGACUCCAACAUGGCCCACAACUGGGCGAGGAACGAGAAGGUUCGUCUGUGGGAGGUGUCGGUGGUGGACCGACGCACACUCAUUGAACCCUUUGUCUACCUGGCCAGCAAAAUGACCCAGCCACAGAGCAAGUCCUCCUUCCCUCUCAGUCGCAACAAGAAUAAGGGUGGUGGUUCUACAGACAGUUAGAUGACCAAACACUUUGGUCAUGUUCAAGAGGGAGGAAUAAGGGAGAAGAGAGGCAUUAAAGGGAAUCUUGUUUUAGUAAAGGAUCAAUUUUGAUAUCAUGAAGGACUGAUAGUAAAAGUUGGUUUUAAGAAUGUGGAGAAGCGAUGAGAGGAAAGAUUGUUUAGAUAUUUAUAUACAGUGAGCACUGUUGGUAUUGGUAUAGCAUUCAUAUUUAAUGUUUCGGUGAAAUACUUACUACUUUAAUUAUGACUGAAAAUGGCGAUCUCUUGAUUGUAUUUUGCCAUAUCAGCUAAGAAAUCAAAGAAUGCAAGGUGUUUUUGUUCGUCACCCCCAAUAUAUUGGGUUGGAUUAUGGUCAAACUGUUCACCUACAUUCUUUACACUUACUGCUGUUAUCAUUGGACCUACAUAAUAUAAUUCUUGAACUACUGACAAUCAGCAUUUGAUCUCAGUUUAAACUCAAACAGAGUUUUAAGAUAUCAUAGAUUCAUGGUGCUCACUGUAUAGAUAAAUUAGGACCCAGCACACAUGUACCCUGGCUACCAUUUUAUGUGCAUGUACUCACAGACUGAAUCAUAAAUGGUGGCAGUUUCAAAUGUUACCUAAUUAUCGCAUCACACAGAUAUUGAAUCUCACAUGUUGUAAAAGUUAUGAUGGGUCAAGGGAUUUAUUGAUACAUUACUUAUCAUGUAAAGUAACUGUGCCGUUUGUUGGUCUGGAGAUUUGUUACACUAUAUAUAGAUUCACUGUUUGAUGUUGUAGAGUGUAUAAUUGACAUUCCUUACCACAGAUGCCCUUCGGUCCAGGCUUAAGAAGUUUAAAUAUGAGAUAAAAGAUAUUCAGAUGAAAGGCGGUUUCUGCAGGCUCAGGUGCUACUUUUUUCUGCUUGCUACACGUAAAAAACAAGGGGCACAAUAUAUAUAGUAAAACGUCAUAUCUUUAACAACAUGACUCAUUAUAUUAUCAGUUACAGUCACUGCUGAAGUUGAAGCUGGUCUUUUUAUACUGAGCUGUAAAAUAAAACCCAUUGGAACACAUGAGACAUUAAUUGACCUGUUCAUUCACGGUGCAACACGAGGUCAAACAUGUGCAGCUUUUAAUAUUUGUUUUAUUGAAAGGGGGAAAUCUGUUGCACUUGUCUUCAAUAUUCAUGUGUUUGUGCCAGAGUCUAUCAAUACCAUGUAUCAUUCAACUUUUUUUUUUUUUUUUUUUUUUGGAAAUAUCAAGCAUUCAAGUUUUAACAUCAUUAAUAUGGGUUCAAUUGAUAUUUGUUUGCAUGUUUUGUAAACAAAUUAAAUGAUUUUUCCUGUGCCUAACCAGAAGGGUUUUCAGUUUAUUGUAGUUAGUUUCAUGGCCAGUAGAUGCGUUCGGUCUUCCAGUAAAAACUACUGGAUAUACUCACAAAACCAGUCGCCACAUGAGGUAGUUCUAAGGAUACAGUUUCAGUCAGUUUCAUUUUAAGGGAAAUAUCAAUGUGUAUCCAACUAACAAACUUGGGGUUCUCUGCAUUAGACUCUUACUAAUCUCUGGUUACAGCAAUCUUUAAAGAAGUGCAAUAAAUUGACAAUAAAGUUGCAUCUAAUGUCAGUAAUAUGUUUGCUGUCCUCACACUACUGGACAAAAUUGUUUGUAUAGCUUGGUGGUUUAUGAGGGCCCAUAAGGGACACAGAAAAUAAGCACAAUAAAUAAAAAAUAGUUACCUUAAAAAGAUUAAAAUACAUUUAUAAAUAAAAAAAGUAAAUAAAUCAAAGAAUAUGCACAUUGCAAGUAGAUUAAAAUAUUGUCUGCCUUGACUCUGGUAUGAACAUCUGUGGCACCUGUGAGUUUCACACCAAAGAACUGUUGUUAUAAGAGCCGUAUAUGAAUCAAACUUUUCCCAAUACUUAUUUUACUGCUAUAUUAUUUGUAAUAAUCACACCAAUAAUGAGCCGUACAUAUCGAUGAUCACAAGGAUGACAUCAGUAAUGCGUAUCGGAGUGUUCACUCCCCUCCAGUGGUCACUGUCAGGAACUGUAAUACCAUACAGCAUAUACAACUUCUGAUAAAUCUCCUCGAUUAAAAGAAAAGAGCCAGCUUUGUAAUAUUCUGUUCACUACCUGGAAGCAUUA